AUGAUUUUAGUUCGUAGCAAUGGCUUUCUAGGUCAUACUGCUAUAGGCACAGGUGACUUUCUAGGUUGUCUGUUGAUUCCGCCAGGACGCAGCAAUUAUGGACGAUCGAAUAAACCGAUUCAAUGUUACCAACCGACAUUUAUGAAGGGUGGAACUAUAAAUGGUAUUUUAAAUGAAACCAUGACGGGCGGAACAUUUAUUGCCGGAUCAACACGAGUCCAAAUGAACAACAAGAGUGGUUCAACAAUGAUCAUAAUUCCAUAUUUAAGUGAAAAUUUGAAUCAUGCAAAGAAAGGUUGGCAAUCACAUGCUGCUUAUCCUGUUGGGUACGACUGGAUUAUGACUGAUGAAAUCUAUUCAUGGCAAAAACGUACUCCACCUGAUGUCAACUGUGAUCUAAUUGGUUAUGGUGUUCUAAAUAAUAUUCCAUACUACAAACCCUUUUGUAUAUGGUUAUAUUUUAUUAGUUUAAUUCUUAUAUUACUCGCUCGUUCUAUUAGGUCUAAGGAGACAAAUAAAAGGCCGAUUGAUGCCUUGGGUUUGGCGACUCGAGUGUUUUGGGAAAAGUUGAAAUGGAACAAGUUAUAA